AUGGACGAGCGGUUGCGGGAGCUGCGGCUGCGGGAGGAGCGGACGUUCCUGCGGAGCGUGGUGCGGGGGGAGCCCGCCGAGCAGCCCCCCGACCGGCGGGAGAGCCGGACCCCGGCCAUCGUCCCCGAGCCCUUGGCCAGCGACGCCGCCCUCUGCGUGCCCGGUAGCCCCAAGUCGCGCAGGGACCUGGAGCUGAUCGGGGAGGCGGUGGGACGCAACGAGUUCCUGCGGCGACUGGGCGAGGGCUGCCCCGAGACGCUGGCCCAGAGCCUGGCCCCGGUCCGGCACGGCCCCGGCCACACGGUGCUGGCCGAGGGCGACGAGGGGACCACCAUGUACAUCGUGGCGGAGGGCCAGCUCAGCGUCAGCCAGCGGGGCCGGCAGCUCCGCACGCUGGGGCCGGGGGACGUCUUCGGGGAGCUGGCCAUCCUCUACCACUGCCGGCGCACCGCCACCGUGCGGGAAUGA